UACCGAACCUCCCCUGCUCCCGCUCCACCGUAGCGAGGCGGCUCCGUCCUUCCGCCCCUGCGUUACCCACGGGGCUCCGCUCGGCGGCGCCUUCACCCGGAGACUUCCGGCGCCACCAUUUUGUUUUUCACCGCUCGCCAAGGGUACCCGGGUCCCGCCGGCUCCACGCCUCCUGUCAGGAUGUUUCCUGUGGCCAGGGCCGCUCUCAACCUCGCCGCUCGUGGCAUUCAGCACACUGCAGUAAGACAAGCUCAUCGUAAAGCUGAGCCCAACUUCCAUGAUAAAUAUGGAAACCUGGUUCUCCUUGGUGGAGCUGCAGUUUUUACUACAGUCUGGUCAUAUGCGUUAACACAAAUUGGGAUUGAGUGGGGCUUUUCACCUGUUGGCAGAGUCACUCCCAAACAGUGGAGGGAGUGAGGGCCUUUGCUUGCCGUGAACUGGUGUAAACUUUCACUGAAAAAAAAUUUAUUGUGAAAUGGCAUUUGUUCUCUGAUCACCACUUGUGCAGUGGCAUUCCUGGUCUUAAUAAAUAUGCCCAGAAACCUGGCUGCUCA